AUGUUUCUUUUUCAUUACAGUUUGGUUAACCAAUCUAUGCCCAAUGCUGGUCUGGUGCGUAUGACCCUGCGCAAGGCGUUAAAUGUCUGGCAGAAUAGCUCCAAGCUAACAUUCCGCGAAGUCUAUGAUCCGCAGGCCGAUAUACAAGUGCUGUUUGCCAAACGUGAUCAUGGUGAUGGUUAUAAAUUCGAUGGCCCUGGUCUAGUAUUGGCUCAUGCCUUUUAUCCCGGUGUCGGUCGGGGCGGCGAUGCCCAUUUUGACGAUGAUGAAAAUUGGGUCUAUGAUCCAGCACCGGGAGAUAAUGAUUCAAGUGGUACUGAUUUCCUUGGUGUAGCUGUGCACGAAUUCGGACACUCACUUGGCCUUGGACAUUCAUCCGAUCAAAAUGCCAUUAUGUUCCCCUGGUAUCAAGGUUACACUGCCGAUAGAGAAUUACCCGCCGAUGAUCGUAAUGCCAUACAAGAAUUGUAUGGAGCCAAAGUUAAAGUCCAAUGGGGUGUAUAUCGUGCACCGACACGACCAACAACGACUACAACCACAACAACUACGACGACUACAACACGACCACCAAGAACAUAUUAUCCAGUUCGCAAUUAUCCCAAUUCGAAUCCUUAUCCAUAUUCACCACAACGACCAAAUGAACGUCAUCCCUAUCAUAACUACGACUACCAGCAUCACUCUUAUAAUGGUAAUCGUCAUGAUUCUCGUUAUGAUACACCAAGAAGAGAUUAUCCCGUUUAUACAACAACAACACGUAGACCUUAUCACGUGACAACACCAUCCACAACGACAACAACAGUUCGUCCACGAACUCGCCAUCAUCCGACACAUUCACAUCCACCACAGCGUACACCCACAAAAACGCAUCGUCCAAUGAAACCGCGCAAACCCAAACCAGAUAGUUGUUCUACACAUUAUGAUGCCAUAUCGAUUAUACGUGGCGAAUUGUUCAUAUUCCGAGGACAGUAUCUUUGGCGUAUUGGCGAACGUGGUCUCUAUCCUGGUUAUCCCACCGAAACUAAACGUCUCUGGACAGCUUUACCCUCCAACUUUACUAAAAUUGAUGCUGUCUAUGAAAAUUAUCAGCGACACAUUGUCUUCUUCAUUGGACGUAAAUUCUAUGAAUUCGAUUCGGUGACAUUGAUCAGAGAAAACUACUUAUCUGCCUUGGGACUGCCGGCGACUUUGCCACAUGUUGAUGCUGUCUUUAUAUGGGGUCAUAAUAAUCGUACAUAUCUCUUCAGCGGUACCCUAUAUUGGGCUCUGGAUCGUGAAACUGGACGUGUUGAACUUGAUUAUCCACGUGAUAUGUCCAUAUGGUCGGGUAUCGGCUAUAAUAUUGAUGCUGCCUUCCAAAAUACCAACGGUAAAACCUAUUUCUUCAAGGGACAUUCCUAUUGGGAAUUUGAUGAUAUGCAAAUGCGUGUGGCCCACGCCAAACCCAAAUCAUCGGCCAGAGAUUGGAUGAAAUGUCCGAAGAAUGCAAAUGAAGUUGAUGAAGAACAGCGAACGGCACCGUUAAUAUCAGAAUUUGAACAUCCAGAAGAAAAUGGUACGGCUCAUCAGCAACGGGGGUCUUUGUAUGUGUUGGUUAUUGUAAAUGUUCUCACAUUAAUGUGGUCAACACGAUUAGUGGUACGGAGUUGGUGGUUCUGGUAA